AUGUUAAUAAAACAAGAACCAAAGGAAGUGGAAAAAAAAGAAGAGAAAGAAAAAAAAGGAGCGAAAGACAAAGGGAAAGAUUUGUUCUCUUUAAAUAAGAAGAGAGAGAGAAAAAAAAAAGAAAGCCAAAAGAUAGAUAGAUAUUUAAUAAAUUCAUGUGAUUCUAAUAAAAGUAAUUAUUCAUGUUGUUAUUUAAAUAAUGAAUGUUUUGUAAAAAAUAUAAGUAUAUGUAAAAAAUGUAUGUUUAGUUAUUUUGAAUUUAAAAAUGUAACAAAGGUUAUAUAUAUGAGACAUGGAGCUAGGACACCUAAAAAAAAAAUUAAAAACAUCUGGCCCUUUAAAGAGGGGAAAGGAGAUUUAACUUUUUUAGGUUUUCAACAAUCAAUAAAAGUUGGUGAAUACUUAAGAAAAUAUUAUUACACAUUCAAUAAAUUAAAUAAAAAAUAUAACAAAAGGGAAAGGGGUCUAAGGAUUAACAAUAAAGAAAAGGGUUAUAUAAAAAAAAAUAAAUGUGAUGUAAAAAAAUGCAAAACAUUAUAUAAAAAUAAAUAUAAUAAUAAUAAUAAUAAUAAUAAUAAUAAUUAUGUAAUAAAUGAAAAAUAUAAUGGAUCAAAUAAAAACGAUUAUGUAAAGAAUAACACAUAUGAUAACAAAGGUUAUUCAUAUUUAUAUGACUUAUCUACCUCUUUUAAUGAACUUGAAAAUAGGAAGAGGAAAUUACAUAAAUUCCCUUACCUCAGAGAUUUUAUAUAUUAUGAAAAGUACUUUUUAAAAAUCAAUAAAAGAUCUAAUAAACAUCAAAGAAAAGUAUUUAUUAAAAUUAAAAGAAGAAGGAGAAACAAUAUUUUGAAAAUUUGGAUACAUCAACAUUUGAUUAAUAAAAUGAAAAAAAUAAAAAAUAAAAACAUGAAUAAUUAUAAUAAAUGUUAUAUAAAAUUUUCAAGCAUUCGUAAAAGAGGUUAUCAUAAAAUGGAAAAUAUAGAAUGUAAUAAUAAAAAUAAUGAUGAUGAUAAUAAUGAUGAUAAUAAUAAUAAUAAUAAUGAUGAUAAUAAUAAUAAUAAUAAUGAUGAUAAUAAUAAUGAUGAUAAUAAUAAUGAUAAUAAUAAUAAUAAUGAUGAUAAUAAUAAUAAUAACAAUGAUGAUGAUAAUAAUUAUUAUUAUUAUAAUUAUAAUAAUGAUGAAACCCCAUUUAAUAACAAAUCAUUCAAUUAUGCAGAUAUGUUAAAAUAUACAAAAUAUUAUUACAAAAACAUUUUAAAAGAUAAAAAAAAUAUUUACACAAAUAAUAAAAAGAAAGAAUUAUUUUUUCCACUAAUGGAACAUUUGUAUAUGUAUAAAAAAAAACUUUUGAUUAAUAAAAUGAAAGAAAAAAAUAUAAAAAAAAAAAAAAAAAAAUACGAUAAAAUUAUUAAGUUAAUAAAUAAAUAUUUAUGUAUUAAAACAACAAAUAGUGAACGUUGCAAAUUAACGGCAUAUGGUAUUAUUUGUGGUAUAUUAGGAAUAAGUGAAUAUAUUUAUUUUUUCUUUUUUAUAUUAUUUUUUAAAAGUAAUUAUGAUAAGACAAAUGAUAAUAAUAUAGAUACUUAUACCAAAAGAAAAGAAAAAAAAAAGUGCUUGAAUAAGAGGUCCAAAUGUUUUCAAAAUUGGAUUCUUAAUAGGGAUAUUACUAGUGGGCAAUAUAAUUGUAUAGAUAAAAAUACCGCACCUGUUAAAAAUUAUAUUAUUGGUGAAAAUUUAUGUGGCGAAAAUGGAUGUGGUAAAAAUGGAUGUGGUGAUAUAUUACGUGGUGAUAUAUUAUGUGGUGAUAUAUUACGUGGUGAUAAUAACUCCAUUCCCUUAUUUAGAAGUAACAGAAUAUUUUGUAAACAAAGUAAGAUUACCUUUUGUGAUGAGUUAUAUAUAUAUUUUAAUAAGAUUUUAAAAAGAUUACAAAGUCUUGAUGAUAUGUACAAAAUUAAUCAUGAAGUUAAAAUGUUUGGUAACGAUAAGGAUGUGUUGAACAAUUCUUAUAAGAAAUGUUAUGAUAAAAAUGAUUAUGGAUCAUAUCCGAGUUAUAAUAAAUAUUCGAAUGAUUAUAAAAGUCAUUAUGUUAUAAAAAAAAUGAAAAAUGUAAAAUCUGUACAAUGUAGUAAUGAAUCAAUUAUUUUAAAAGAAAGGCAAGAAAAUGAAAAAAAAAAAAAAAAAAAAAAAAAAAAAAUGGAAAAUACUUUUAUUAAUAAUAACAAUUUAAUGUACAAUAUAAAUGUUUUCUUUGAUUUAAUAAUAAACGAGAGAGGAAAUUUCCAAUUUUUUUAUAAUAAUAUAAAAAAAAAAAGACAAAAAAAUGAAAAAGGAUUAGAAGAAUGGAAUGUGUAUAAUAUCUUUCAAUUAUAUAUGAAAUAUAUAUUGAAUGAAUUUUCAAAAUUUUUUAAAUUAUUUAAAUUUUUAAAUAAAAAUGUUGAAAAUAUUGAUAAUACAUUUAACAGUAUAACUAAUAUAUAUAAUAAAUAUUAUAUAAAUAUGGUUGUACAUAGAAAAGAUUGUUUUGAAAAAAAGCAAAUACAUUCAAAAGAACAUAUGAUGAAAAAAAUACAUUUGAGAGAUAAAUUUAUAGAAUAUGAAAAGGAGAACGAAAUAAUAGACAACUGUAACAACAUUAAUAUGGAUAAUAAAAAAAAGGAAAUAAAUAACAAUUACAAUAAUAUGAUUGAUAAUAAUAAUAUAGAAAUAGACAUGUCCAAUAAUUUUAUUUUUACAUAUUAUUAUAUAUUUUAUCUUUUAAAUUAUAUGGAUACAUAUAUACAAUUUCUUUUUUAUUAUUUAAAAAAUACAUAUAUCCUUUUUUCCGUAGUAAAAGUAGCAGAAAGAAAUUCUCUUAUGCUGAAAACUCUUAAGACGAAAAAUCAUUAUAUUAAGAAGCUAAGAAAUCAUAUUAUUCAUAAUUCAGAUGUUUAUAAAAUAUUAAAUAAUUAUUAUAAGGACGAAAUAUUUAUUGUUUAUGAUAUAACUAAAUGGACAGAAAAUUGUAUGAAUACUACAGAUAUAUUAUAUAAUGAUGUAAAAAAAAAUACCAAAAUAGAUGAUUUAGAAAAUAUAGACAUACCUAUAAUAACAAACGAUAAAGAAGAAUAUCAUGUAAAUAAUAGUAUUAUAAGUGUAUUGAAAAAACAUAAUUCUUCAGUUUAUAAAUUAAAAAAAAAAUUAAAAAAUUCAAUAAUUCUAAAAGAUCUAAAAAAAUUAAAUUGUAAUUUUAUAAAUAAAAAUUAUAUACAUAAUACAAAUUAUGAUAAACAUAAUAAAAUAUAUCAAGAUAAAAUCAAAAAUUGGACAUAUCAUCCUUUUCAUAAUAAAAAAAAAAAUGUUAAAAUUAUUAAAAAGUUUAUAAGUGCUUAUGAUGCAUAUAUAUAUCAUGGUGUUAAUUUAAAUCUUAAUUUUAAUCGAGCAUAUGAAAAGUUAUCCCAACAUCCUCCUUCAAGUAUUGAUUUAAUAAAAAAGGAGUAUGGACAAAAUAAUUAUAUUAUUAAUGGUGAGAUAAAAAAAUAUGAAGAACAAAACAAUUUCAUUAUAAAACGUCCUAAUAUAAAUAUUUCAGGUAAAAAUUUGUCUUGUCAUAAUAAAACAAAUUCUUCUAAUACACUUCAAGGAAAUGAUAGGGAGGCAAAUAUUUUAGACGCAGAUGAACGCGAUAGAUUAAAAAGAAAUAAAAAUAUACAAAAUAGAGCGAAAGUACAAAAUGGUAUGACCAUAAAUAAUAAUUCAAAAAAAUAUAGAAAUAAUCAAACGGAAUAUUAUAAAAAAAAGGAAAAAAAAAAAAAAUAUGACCAAAAAAAUGAUCAAACUAAUGAACAAAAAUGUGCACAAAAAAAUGACCAAACAAAUGAACAAAAAAAUGACCAAACUAAUGACCAAACAAAUGACCAAACAAAUGACCAAACAAAUGACCAAACAAAUGACCAAACAAAUGACAAAAUAAAAAGGUUUUAUAAAAAUAUAUACACUUGUUACAAAUUAAUGUGUAAAAACGAAUAUAGUAAUAAAUAUCUUUCCUGGUUAUGUAGUGGUAUGUCGUUAAUAGAUGUGGUUAUUAACUUUAUAAUAAAUGUUAGAUUAUAUGAAAAAUAUAAUAAAGAAAAUAAAACUACUAAAUGUUUUAUUCCACGAAUUAUUUUGUAUUUAACACAUCAAUCAUCAAUAUUGUCAUUUCAAUCGUGUGUAGGUAUACGAAAAAAAGAUAUGAAAAUACCUCCUUUUGCUAGCUUUAUAUCUUUAGAAUUAAUUCAUAUUAAAAAAAAAAAAAUUAAAAAUUUAAGUAACAAAUUAUGUAAUGUUUCCAAUAAUGAAAAAUCUUAUUGUUAUAGUAAUAAAUAUAAUAUUAUGAAAGGCGAAAAAAAAAAACACGCAUCAUCACGCAGUGUUCAUGUUAAUCAAACGGAUAGAACGGAUGUUCUAAGUUUUAUUUAUCAUAAUAAUACAGCAAAUAUUUUCUGUUGUAAAGAUGAUUGUGUUUGGAAGGUAAGGGAAACGGAAAAUGAGAAAAAGUUUGAAAAAUGUCGAAAAAACAAAAAAUUUAUGAAUGAGGAAAAUGAAAAUGUAAUAAAAGAUGAUGAAAAAAAUAUAUAUAAUAUAUUAAAAAGAAAUAUAAACGAGAAUAUAGAUAAGAAAAAAAGUAUUAAUAUAAAUACAUGUAUAUAUAAUGACAUACCUACGAAUGUGAAUAAUAAAAAAUAUGAAAGUUAUUUACCCAAAUGUUUAAAUAAAAUUCAUGAUUUUAAAAAUUUAUUUUAUUUAUUAUGUUAUAAAAAUAAUAACAUCCAAGAUCUGAUACAGUUGUAUGAUAUAUGCUUAAAUAAUAAUUAUACACAUAUAAAAAAAAAUAUGCAAUUAAAAGAAGGUAAGAAACAUGGAAAGAGAAAUUUCUAUGGAUAUUUUGUUAAAUUUACAUUUAAUAAUUCUGUACCUUUAAAAUUAAAAAAAAAUAAAUUAAUAAAAAAAUAUAACAUGGGGAAUAAAAAAGAUAAAGA